AUGCUCCGCGGCCAGACUCUCCCCUGGAGAGCCGCGCUCCACAAAGCAUCGCGUCCAUUAAUUCUUCGGUCCCUGCUCGCUUCAUCUCGAAAUCAUGCAGGUGCUCGACCGAGUCUAACUUCUACGCACCGAUUCCGCUUGACUCCGUCCUCCCCUCGCACCAUUUCUUCGACCUCCAUCCUGCGGAAAGAAAAACCCCUACCUGGGGAUGAAAAGGAUGACCCGGAACAGAAAAACCAAAAAGAACAGAAGGACAAGGAUGGGAACAAGGAUGUUGAGCGUGGUCCAGAGUCUCGACGGAAAACAUUUGAUCAAUCAGGGAAGCAGGGCUCGCCAGAACCCGGAGCUCCGACAUCGGCAUUUGCGAGGAGGAGAGAGAAAAUGGCGGGUGACAAAGAACAGCGAGGAUUAGAAGAAGACGCCAAAAAGGAUAAUCAAUCGGCGGAAGGGAAAGGAAAUUCGAAUGAACCUCCUUCCCCUAUUCCGGCCAGCGGGUCGGCCGAUUCCAAGCCCAGUGGUGCGAACAAUGGUGGCAAUGAGGAUGGAGGAAAGAAGGGCAAGAAAGGGUCAGGCGAGAAGGCCUUGCAAAAGCCGUCGGUCCCUGAAGUUUAUCCCCAGGUCAUGGCCAUUCCAAUUGCCAAGCGUCCGUUGUUUCCGGGCUUCUACAAAGCCAUUACCAUUCGAGAUCCGAGUGUCGCUGCGGCCAUCCAAGAUAUGAUGAAGCGGGGACAGCCUUACGUGGGAGCCUUCCUCUUCAAGGACGAGAACGCCGAUGGUGAUGUGAUUCAAAAUGUAGAUGAAGUCUAUGACGUUGGUGUGUUCGCUCAGAUCACUGCGGCUUAUCCUCUACGUGGGGAAGCGAGUGGUGUGACGGCCGUGCUCUAUCCCCAUCGCCGCAUCCGAAUCUCUUCCUUGCUCCCGCCCAAUGACAAGACUCCCACCACCGAAGACAGAACAGACGAAAAACGGGGAGAUGUGGUAGCUAGCUUUGAGGAGGGAACUGCAGAGCUUGUGCCGAAAGAUCACUACGAGCCUACUUCCUUUCUACGCAAAUAUCCGGUGAGCCUUGUCAACGUGGACAACCUUGGCGAAGAGCCAUUUGACAAAAAGAGUGCCAUAAUCCGUGCCGUGACAAGUGAGAUUGUCAAUGUCUGCAAGGAGAUCGCUAGUCUGAAUCCUCUGUUCCGAGACCAGAUUUCUGCAUUUUACACCGACCAGUUCCCUGGAAAUCUAAGUGAUGAGCCAGCAAAGCUGGCAGACUUUGCAGCGGCAGUCUCUGCAGGCGAGCUGCAUGAGAUGCAAGAGGUUCUGGAGAUUAUGAACAUUGAAGAGAGACUGCCUAAGGCAUUGGUGGUUUUGAAGAAGGAGCUCAUGAACGCGCAGCUUCAGUCCAAGAUCUCGAAGGACGUGGAGGCUAAGAUUCAAAAGCGACAGCGCGAGUAUUGGUUGAUGGAGCAGAUGAAGGGGAUCAAGAGAGAACUGGGCAUUGAAUCGGACGGGAAAGACAAAUUGGUGGAGAAGUUCAAAGAGAAGGCCGAGAAGCUUGCCAUGCCGGAAGCUGUCAAGAAGGUCUUCGACGAGGAGAUUAACAAGCUGGCCCAUCUGGAGCCGGCCGCUUCCGAAUUCAACGUUACCCGCAAUUAUCUCGAUUGGCUAACCCAGAUCCCCUGGGGUCAGAAGAGUGUCGAGAAUUUCGGAAUUAAGCAUGCAACGACUGUCCUGGAUGAGGACCACUACGGUCUGAAGGACGUCAAAGAUCGUAUUCUGGAGUUUAUUGCGGUUGGCAAGCUUCGUGGAACCGUGGAAGGGAAAAUUCUCUGUCUUGUCGGUCCACCUGGUGUUGGAAAGACGAGUAUCGGCAAGUCGAUCGCCCGAGCUCUGAACAGACAGUACUACCGUUUUUCUGUCGGUGGCUUGACCGACGUUGCGGAAAUCAAGGGUCAUCGCCGGACUUACGUCGGUGCACUUCCUGGACGUAUCAUCCAGGCUCUGAAGAAAUGCCAGACAGAAAACCCCUUGAUUCUGAUUGACGAAAUCGAUAAGAUAGGGCGGGGUCAUCAAGGAGAUCCGUCUUCCGCGCUCCUUGAGCUUCUCGACCCAGAACAAAACUCGUCCUUCUUGGACCACUACAUGGAUGUUCCCGUGGACUUGUCUAAGGUUCUGUUCGUCUGCACGGCCAACGUGACUGACACGAUACCUCGACCCCUCUUAGACCGGAUGGAGAUUAUCGAACUCUCGGGUUAUGUUGCGGAUGAGAAGAUGGCGAUUGCUCAGCGGUACCUUGGCCCUGCUGCCAGAGAAUUGACAGGCCUUAACGACGUGGAUGUGACUUUGACGGAAGAUGCCAUUGAGGAGCUCAUCAGGUCUUAUUGCCGUGAGAGUGGUGUUCGGAAUUUGAAGAAACAGAUCGAAAAAGUCUACCGGAAAGCUGCCUUCAACAUCGUCCGUGAUCUUGGAGAGGAUGUCCUCGCAGAAGACAAGGCUAUUACCGACGAGGGCAAGGCCGCACAGGAGGAAUCAAGUAAAGACACCGAGUCAUCCGACUCCGAGAACGCCCCUGUUGGUCCGGAGAAGGCAACGACCGAAACCCCACGAGUCGCCUUGAAGGUCCCACACACCGUGAAGCUUAGUAUCGGUAAAGACAGCCUGACGGAUUACGUUGGCCCCCCCGUCUUUAGGGCCGACCGUCUGUACGAUGUCUUCCCACCUGGCGUGACGAUGGGGCUUGCUUGGACCAGCAUGGGAGGCGCUGCGUUGUACGUGGAAUCUAUUCUGGAGAAUGCCUUGUCGCCUGAAUCCAGACCGGGUAUUGAAAUCACAGGCAAUCUGCAAAAUGUGAUGAAAGAGUCUACACAGAUUGCGUACUCUUUUGCGAAAUCGGUCAUGGCCAAGCAGUUCCCCGAAAACAAAUUCUUUGAGAAGGCUAAAAUCCAUAUGCAUUGUCCUGAGGGUGCUGUGCCGAAAGACGGCCCCUCUGCUGGUAUUACUAUGGCGACAUCUCUGCUUUCCUUGGCAAUGGACUACCCUCUUGACCCGACAAUUGCUAUGACGGGAGAAUUGACGGUGACCGGCAAAGUCUUGCGUAUUGGCGGACUGCGAGAAAAGACUGUUGCAGCCCGCCGUGCUGGUGCAAAGAAGAUCAUCUUCCCCGCGGACAACAUGUCUGACUGGCUUGAAUUGCCUGAGAACAUCAAAGAAGGCAUUGAAGGCUAUUCAGCGAACUGGUACUCGGAAGUGUUUGAUAUCCAUUUUGCUGACCUAGACAAGGAUGCGGCCAACCAAGUCUGGCAAAAGCAACUUGCAAAGCCCCCGCAGACCAAGUCUAAUAAUACUAAGGAGGACGAGGGCGAUGACUGA